AUGAAAUUCCUAAUCCUAGCUUUUGCUAUCAUGGCUUGCACCCAAGCAGCUUUGGUCAGUCCUCGUAAAGAAAAUCCAUUCAAAGUUGUAAUGGAACAAAAGGGAGACGUUAGAGGUCUGUCACUCCAAGAUAGAGAAAAGGUUUGCAAUGGAUGUGUUGGCUUCUUCACUAAGGUCCAAAAGUACAUCGAAGAGGUUGGUGAACUGUCCAAGGAACAUCUGACCAAAGCUUUCAAGGUAAAAUACGAGCUCAUAACUGCCUUCUAAAAUAAAAAAAAAUUUUUUUUUCCAAAUUAAAAAAUUGCAAGAACUUUCUUUAGAAAACCAAAAAUGGCAAGGACUUUCUUUACAAAACCAAAAAUGGCAAGAACUUUCUUUACAAAACAAAAAAUGGCAAUAAUUUUCUUUACAAAGCAAAAAAUGGCAAGAACUUUCUUUACACACGUUUAAAAUGACAUUUUUACGAUUAAAAUUUUUAGAAAGUCUGUGACAACCUGCCAGAAGACCUUCCAGGACACCAUGAAAUUUGUGACAUUUGGUCGCCAAAGAUUAUUGACUACGUUUACGAACACUACAAGGGUUUGGCUGACAAUAUUAAGCCACAGGAAACUUGUGAGCUUCUAUUCUUGUGUCAACGCCACACCACUCUGGCUCCUACCACGAUUACCGUGCCUCCAGAGACCAUUGAACCAUAA